AUGUCCAGCAACUCUCAUCUUGUGUAUUCCGCCGUUCCUCCCCCUUCCACAGAGACAUCCGCGCCUCUGACAGCUCAUAUGGCCGACGGAUCCUCGAUUCGCUCACGCCAAAGUGUUCCUGCUGACGCGCCUGCCAUACCGGGAGUGGGUACUACUGCACAAGAUGACCGGCCGUCGUUUCGAUCGGGGAGGCGGGCAUGGGUGAGGGCCUUCAUCCGUCGGCAUAGGCCCCAAAGACCUGUCGGAGAUGCUCCUACGGCGUGGAGAAGUAUAAUGGCCGUAGUAACCUCGUCCUAUAUCAACAUCCUGCUCAUCUUCAUUCCGGUUUCUUGGGCCAUGCACUUUGCCAACAUGUCGGACACUCUCAUUUUCGUCUUCUCAUUUUUGGCCAUCAUCCCGCUCGCAAAGCUCCUCGCGUUUGCCACUGAUGAGCUUUCAUUACGCGUUGGUCAAACGUUGGCAGGUCUCCUUAACGCGACACUCAUCAUCGCCCUUACUCAAUGCAAGCUGCGCAUCGUUCAGUCUUCCCUGGUCGGCUCGAUCCUCAGCAAUCUGCUACUCGUCCUUGGAAUGUGCUUCUUCGCCGGAGGUACCCGCUUUUCCGAACAAGGCUUUGGGAUCAGCGCCACACAGCUUAAUUCGUCUUUAUUGACCGUGAGCGUCAUUGGUGUGUUGCUCCCGGCUGCGUUCCAUAUGGCUGUUACGCCGGACACCAGCACAGAGACCGACCCGCUCACGAAUGCAGAGGAGAGAGCUGAUCUUCUGAAACUGUCUCACGGAGUGGCUAUCGUAUUGUUGUUCAUCUACGGCAGCUACCUUGUAUUCCAGCUGUUUUCGCACAAGAACUUGUACGAGGACGACCACCCCAACGUCCAGAAAUCGGUUGCCUACAAUCGUCAUCCGGAGAGGAAAGAGUCUGUCGCUGAUGUCGAGGCGCGCGCGCAAGAGAAAGAGCAAGAAGAGGAAAAGCCCCAAAUGAGCGUGACUGUUACCGUCGCCCUUCUAGUCAUUGUCACGGUGCUCGUCGCCGUCACUGCCGAGUUCCUCGUCGAUUCAAUCGAUGGAUUGACGGCCAAGGGAGCCGUCUCGGAGGAGUUUGUUGGUCUUAUUUUGUUGCCAAUUGUUGGAAACGCUGCGGAGCAUGUCACCGCUGUCACCGUGUCAGUCAAGGACAAGCUCACACUGAGUUUGGGCGUCGCGGUUGGGUCAAGUAUCCAAAUUGCCCUUUUCGUCAUUCCCUUCAUCGUGACCCUUGCAUGGAUGAUGGGCAAGCCAUUGACACUUCUCUUUGAUCCUUACGAGUCUAUUGUCCUCUUCCUUGCUGUCUUGACCGUCAACUACAUCGUGCAAGACGGAAAGUCAAAUUGGCUAGAGGGGAUGAUUCUCAUGUGUCUAUAUGUCAUUGUCGCCAUCACAUUCUGGUUCUACCCUGGAUCUCAACAGAACGCAUUCAUCUACACAUCGUGUUCUUGA